UUCAAAUUGGCUUCUGCCAUUUGUUUCAAUCAAUUAUUAAACACCUUCAGCCAUUCUUGUAACUGCCUCUAGAUUCGUUGUGUUUUGUCGUGUCAAUGUCUAACACCAGCAACAAUGUCGUUGGGGUUGACAACACGUUCAGAAGAAAAUUUGAUCGAGAAGAGUAUCUGGAACGAGCUCGGGAGCGUGAGAGGCAGGAGGAGGAGAGAGCGAAACCUAAAGCUAAAGGUCCUGCCGUUCAGAGGAAGCCCUUGAAACAUAGAGAUUAUGAAGUGGACCUUGAAUCCCGCUUGGGCAAGACUCAGGUUGUUACACCGGUUGCACCACUAAGCCAGCAGGCUGGAUAUUACUGCUCAGUUUGUGAGUGUGUGGUAAAGGACUCUGCAAACUACUUGGAUCAUAUUAAUGGAAAGAAACAUCAAAGAGCUUUGGGCAUGUCUAUGCGAGUAGAACGUGCUUCUCUCCAACAGGUUCAGGAAAGAUUUGAAAAUCUCAAGAAACGUAAAGAUCUUGGCAGCUUCACAGAGCAAGAUCUUGAUGAGCGGAUAUUAAAACAGCAACAAGAGGAGGAAGAAAGAAAGCGACUGCGUCGAGAAAAGAAAAAAGAGAAGAAGGAGAAGGCAGUGGAAGAACCUGAAACCGACCCUGAUGUUGCAGCCAUGAUGGGGUUUGGGGGUUUCCGGUCAUCCAAGAAAUGAUGACAUUCUUCAUGCGUGAAAAGCUGUUUAUGAAAUUGUGGGCCUCAAACAGUUGUUUGCGACCUGGUCCUAGCGUCAUACUCAAUCAUGUAAUUUUUUGGUUCUUGGACAUUUCUUAUGAUAACUAACCUGAUGUAUUAUAUAAGUUUGAUACUUGUAUUCUCUAGUAUUUUCUAUAGUGGGUAGCGACAACUCGCCGUAGCUAAUGGAAAUCCAUUAUGAACUUCUGAUGCAAUUUUCUAGAGGGCUACUGCUUUUCGAGGGUUGAUUUAUUUUGAUUGAGAAAAAUGGCUACAACAGUCUUCAUUCUGCAUAAUCGUUUUGACAAUACAUGCUUAAU